CAAGAAUAAGUCUUCUCGCUGCUUUUGAUUUCCAAGCUAUUUGAAAUGGCUAAAAUUUUCUUCCUUGCAAUUAUUUAUAUUACCUUCAUUUUUUCAGUUAUAGCCAUAGCAAAUGGUCAAAACAAGCCAAGACAUUGUGUUGCAUAUGGUGAUGGUGAAUGUAUGCGUGAAGCUUGUGGAAAAUGGUGCACUCAAAGUCAUAAUGGGAAUGGAACUUGUGUUGGCACAAAUAUAGACCCUACUAAUCCUGAUUAUAAGUGUCUUUGUGUUUGUAUAUAUGAUUGUAGUCCGUAGAACAAAAAAUAUCAAAGUUAAUCUUGUUUAAAAUGUAAAAGGAUAUUGAAAUAAAAUUAAUAAA